AUGGGUCAACGACAAGCGCUGGGGCCGAGCGAAGUAUCAGGUCUGUCUCGUGGUUGGUCUACUCAUCUGCCAGGACGUCUUCGUGAGUACAUCGGAGGAGCAUGGAAGAGAGAUCGAAGCCAGUGGCGGGGUACCUCUAGGAACAAUAGCUGA